CGUCGACCCCUGGGGGCGGCAGAGAGCAGUCAGGGUGAUUGUGUCCUACUGCCGAAACACGCGAAGAAGAACCUGGAUGUAAACACAAGAACAUGGCGGACGAGAGGGGUGACAAUAACAUCAACGAAGACAUGGGCAACCGGUUACAGCUCCUACCUGAAAAUGAAGAAGAAGAGAAUGACAUGGAGUCUGAAGACCGUGAUAACGAGAAUGCGGAGAAGCCCGACAUCAACUUUGAUCCCAGCCUCCCCACCUCCCAUUCUUACUUGGGUGCAGACAUGGAGGAGUUCCACGGCCGGACGGUCCACGACGAGGACAGCUGCCAGACCAUCCCUGUGCUGCCCCACACGGCCGUGAUGCUGCUGCCCGGCCAGACGCUGCCGCUGCAACUCUUCAGGCCCCAGGAGGUCAGCAUGAUGCGCAGUGUCAUCCAGAGAGACCGCACCUUCGCUGUCCUCGCACACAGUGACGCGGGCGAGUCGGAGCCGGAGUUCGGGACGACGGCGGAGAUCUACGCUUACCGGGAGGAGCAGGAGUACGGCAUCGAGACGGUCAAAGUGAAGGCGGUAGGGAGGCAGAGGUUCAAGGUCCACGAGCUGCGGACACAGGCGGAUGGGAUCAAGCAGGCCAAGGUGCAGAUCCUCCCAGAGUGCGUCCUCCCUGAUCCCCUGAAUGCGGUGCACCUCGUGGCCCUCUCCAGACGACACAAGCACCCCUCCUCCCGACCAUCAGCCCAGAGCGGCCUGCAGGCCCAGUGCUGGUGGGCCUCCUACCGGCAGAGAAAGUUUAGCUGUGCCAACCUGACUCCGUGGCCCCCGUGGGUCUACGCGCUGUACGACGCUGAGUCUCUUAUGAACAGAGUGAGGAAACAGCUUCACGAGUGGGAUGAGAAUCUGAAGGACGACUCCCUGCCCACCAACGUCAUAGACUUCUCCUACAGAGUGGCAGCGUGUCUGCCCAUCGACGACGCUCUAAGGCUGCAGCUGCUGAAGAUCGGCAGCGCCAUCCAACGACUGCGCUGUGAGCUGGACAUCAUGGACCGGUGUACCUCCCUCUGCUGCAAACAGUGCCAGGAUACGGAAAUCACCACCAAGAAUAUGAUAUUCAGUCUGUCUCUGUACGGCCCCAUGGCCGCCUACGUCAACCCCCACGGCUACGUCCACGAAACCCUGACGGUGUACAACGCCAGUAACCUGAACCUGGUGGGCUGGCCCUCCACCAUGCACAGCUGGUUUCCAGGGUACGCCUGGACCAUCGCUCAGUGCCGGAACUGCGGCUCCCACAUGGGCUGGAAGUUCACGGCCGCCAAGAAGGAGCUGUCCCCCGCCCGGUUCUGGGGGCUGACGCGCUCGGCCCUGCUGCCCCGCAUCCCCAAGGGCGAGGGGGAGGGCAGCGGGGAGGGGUCCCGGCUCCUCUGCCUGUGAGGGCGGACCACCACCCCCAUCCCCCCCCCCCCCCCACUAGCAGCACCACCACCACCAUCACCCAGUCAGGAUGGGAGUUCCUCCCGCCUCCGCCUGACACCUCACCACUCCAUCUAAACCAGACCAGGGAGAGUCGCCUUCAUACGGCCUACAGCAGCAGAGCAGAGCAGAGCGGAACAGGUAGAGCGGCUCUUCGCGGAGCGGCGCUAAGAGCCGUGUGGGCACACUACCACUAGCGGCCACAGGGAGGGACAAUGACACUAAAAGAAAAAGAAAAACAUGACCAUACUACAAUAUUAGCAUGCUAGUUGUGAAUAAAGCCUCCUGCUGCCGCCGCCGCCGGUACACCUGUUCUUGUGGCUUGUUGAAAUUGCCUGCUAUGCUUUUAUCAUCACGGGAUCCCUGACUCCGCCAGAGAGGUCGGAACUCUGAGGGACUUUCUCAAAGUGUCGUUUCUCCGACAUUCGGUUUGACGUGACUUCAGAACAUCGGGGGAUUGUGGGGUGUUUACUGUUAUUUUGGUUGGAUCUAUUUCAGGAGGAUAUUUGUGAGCAGGAACUGAAAUGUUGGUUAAACACAUGAGUGGUUGUCGUAUUUUGUACGAGAAGGAUCGGGAAUGUCUUUCCAUCAAUGGGGAUGGAUGCUUUAUAUUUUACUGCCAUGUUUUGUAAAGAAAUGAAAAAAAAAAAAUGAAAAAGCUUUUGCCUUUAAUUACACAGAAAGUUAAUGACCUGGGGAAUGAAAAUGAACUUGGUCUUCUGAAUGAUAAGGUACAAUUAUCUAAGUCGUUCACACUUCAAACAUCUUGCAUUAUUACGAGUACAACUAACCUGUGUAGAUUCUGUGUAUAUAAGAGAUAGCCGGUCAGUGGCUAAUAUAUAUGUUGUUCUGCUGUGUACAAUGUGAAACCUUAUCUCAUAGCUGUUGAUUUGUAUCAAACCCGUCUGACGCUGAUGUACAGACUGACACUGAUGGACAGAGUGGAAUCAGACAACUGUACAGCCGAAAGGUUUGAAGGUUUGGCUCGUGGAACCAAACUCUGGGUUCCAAAAUCAUGAGGAUGAAAAUGAAAUGGGUGGUACCAUUUAAAUAAAUAAAUAAUGUUUUUGCUUCUAGAA